AUGGAUUACUACGUGCCUUCGUCGGCGACUCCGUGCGGCCGCCGGUGCAAGCCCAGGUUCGCCAUGUCGGCCUUCACCGGCGCGUCUAUCGCCCACGGCUACAAGCGGUGCGCCCACGGGGACAGCGGCUACCACCUGCUCAUGGUCAAUGGCCACUCGCGCACCAAGGAGCUGAUUCCCACCGGUCAGAGCAUCACCGCCAACUCUUUCAAUGUAGGAGGCCAUGAUUGGUUAAUCGAGUACUACCCUAACGGCGAAAACCCGGGCCGCGCCGACUUCAUUUCGCUCUUUCUGAACCUUCUCUACGACGCCGAUGACGACGACGAAGCGCCCGUGGAGGUCAGGUUCAGUUUCAGCCUCGUCGACCAGGUGGAGAAGCAGAUGCCGAUGUACAUUCGUGCAACCAGUGAAACCCGCAACUUCUCCAGCACUACCUCAAUCUGGGGCAAUGACAGGUUUCUCAGAAGAGACGCCCUUGAACACUCGGCGGAUCUCAAGUGCGAUUGUCUCACCAUCCGGUGCGACGUCGUGGUCGUCCGCAGCAGCAGGGUUGAUGAUGAUGAUGAUGCCGGUGGCCACGGCGGCACCAAGGCGCUCCUGCCGGACAUACACCAACAUUUCAACAGUCUCCUUCAAAAAAAGGUGGGCGCCGAUGUGGCAUUCCAGGUCGGUGGCGAGGCCUUCACCGCACACCGGUGUGUGCUCGCUGCCCGAUCCAUGGUGUUCAUGGCACAACUCUUUGGCCCCAUGAAGGACGCGUCCAACAGUGUCAUACAGAUCAAAGACAUGGAACCAAAGGUGUUCACCGCUCUGCUUAGCUUCAUCUACACAGACUCCUUCCCUGACAUGUACGAGGACAACAUUAAGUUGAGUGAACUGUGCAAAGAUACGGGACAAGGGCAAGAAGAUGAAAUGUCGGAAGCUGUGGGCCAAGGACAAGAUGGGGAAGCGGCAGAGGUUGAAGUGGGGCUGCUGCAAUGGCUGCAAGGCUUGUUUGUGGCGGCAGACCGGUACGAUCUCCAGCGGCUCAAGUUCAUCUGUGUAAAGCAGUUGUCUCAGCGCAUAGGUGUGAGCUCUGUGGCGUCCACUCUUGCUCUAGCCGAGCAGCACCACUGUCGUGGAUUGAAGGAGGCAUGCUUGAAGUUUAUCCAAGUCCAAUCUCCCCCGUGUUUGCAGACACUCAUGACGAGUAAUGGCUGGGGGCAUAUUGUCACGACCUAUCCCUCUGUUUUGAACGAGCUCAUUGCCAUGCUUGCCUCGAACCAGAGGAAAUAACACUCUGGAUACGGUACGCAUCUUCCUUAAUUAGACCUAAAGUGACAUUCUUUUGCAUAUACAGGCACCUCUACAGAGAUUGUAGUAUGUGUCUUGUUUUUAAUUGUCUCGUCAUGUACUAGUUUGCAUGUAUGACGAAUCAGAAAAAUCCAAUGGGUAAAUUGUCUCUUCAUGCAAUGGAUGGUCUGUAAAUUC